CAACACACAAUAUACGAACAUAUUAACAACUUUCCUGCCCAAAGUGUAUAUUUCUGGAGCCCUGGUGAAUGCACAUUGGUGUAAAGGGACAAUGGAGCUUACAGGAUACACAAAAGAUCUUGUGAUACUUUAUGAAGACAAUGGGAAUGAAUGGGCCAUGUAUAUGAAAGAUUUACUUACAUUAAAUGUACAGUCCAUUGGCCUCAUACUUCACAAUCUGAACUCAGAUUCUGAUGAGAUGCUUGAAGCUCUUACUUUUGCUAGCCAUCAAUGCAAAUUAGUGGUGCUAACAAAUGUUCUUCUGACAUCCUUAACUGAAAAGCAAAUUACACUUUUAACUCAGAUCCUACAACCCUCAUAUCACGUGGUGAUUCUGCUUUGUGGAGUGCCAAGCUUGGAUGGAUUUUAUGAAAUGUUUCCUUUAACCAGAGGCUCUAAUAUCUUUUUUACUGACCAAGAUCCUGAGCAUUAUCUCACAGUUGUGUCUGGAAUUCUGAGUGACGGUAUUUUUGUUUUUUAUUCAUAUACAUUCCCUCUAGCUCACUUGUCGCCAUUGUAUAUCACUAUCAAAAUUUGAAGAUUCCAAACA